GUCCCUCAUGUUUAGUAAGAGUAAGAAUCUCUAAACUAGCAGCUUCUUCUCUUGAUUCAAGACUUGAUCAAACUGGAUGUUUGAUGGUCCUGAAUGUUGAUCAAAGUAAUGAGUCGUUUCUCUGGACUCUAACUUUGUUCUAAUUCCUUUUCUGGGCUGCAAGAUGAUUAUAAAAAUACUCCAUAAUUAAUAAGUCAGAGUUCUUGGAUGCUAGUCUUAGCUUUGCUUCCCCAGAACCAAACAAGGACAAGCAGCUUUCAGCUUCUAUGCACCACAAAUCUAUAACAAACUUCUAGAAAAUGGCAAAACAGCUGAAACACUGAUUUCCUUUAAGUAAAGGCUGAGACCACCUGGUUAGAGGAGCUUUUGAUUCAUAAAUGCAACAUUGAUCAACAUAUUUGUUAUAUAUUUGCUUGAUGAUUUUGAUAAUGUAAUUUGACAAAUGUAAUAAUUGCAAUGUUUAUAAGUUUAUUGCGUGUUUCAUAAUUAGUUACUGUGUUAUGUUUUUAUGGCGUAAAGGACUUUGAACCAUCUUGUUGCUUAAAUAUGUUGUUCAAAUAAACUUGAUUAGUCAGUUUAACAUGUUAAUGUAUUUAGUUUAUUCAGGAUAUAAAGUCGGAAUAAAAGCUGCUCAAUUCAACUUGCAAAAACUCCGUUUUAUGUCUCUAAACAAGUUAAAGUCUUUGGAGAAAAGAAAUACUUUUAAUUGGAGACGGAAGUUUUGUCGUUGUCUGUUUCUGGGGGAAGACUUCCGGCGGAAGUAAACAACAUGGCGCUAGCAGCGUUAGCUUCCAGGCUUCCUCGUGGUUAUCGUCGAUAAAAAGACGGUUUCUGCUGUGAGAAAUGAAUAUUUCAGUCUGUAGCAACUAGAUCUUCGGUUCAUCAUCAGAGAGAAACCAACAAAUGUCCAACCACAUCCGGGAGAGGAAGAGACGAUGUCCGGCUCAGAGGCUGGAUCCCCGCCGGAAACCCAAACCUUCGGAACCUCCAGAUUUGCCACAACAUUAUGUUUAUUACUAAGCAUCAUUUUAUACUCAACCAACCAGAGGCUGCUGAUCUGGACCAGAGGGAAACAGAAUCUCCACAAACCAAAGGGAGGGAAGAGGAACCAGAACCGACAGAAGCCAAAGAAGAGUAUGGAUCAGAACUGCUGCAGUUUGUCAAGAAAGAAGAACUCGAGCAAGAAACACAUCCUGUAACGGGAGCAGAUGGAUAUGUAUCUUUUGAAAUAAAAGAAGAACCAGAGGAACUGAAACAGAUGGAGGAAGAUUAUCAUCAAUUGGAAUCUCAGCAGAUGGUUGAGCUUGAAGACAUCAGUCAGUAUGGAAAUAAGGCUGUACAGGAGACGGAUACCUUAAUGAGAGGAGACUCCGCACCUGUUGAACUCAAAGAGGAACCAGUAGAACUAAAACCUAAGCAAGUGAAGGAAGAGGAGCAUGGAUCAGGACCUGAGCAGAUGGUGAAGAUGGAGGCUGAAGGUAUCAGCCAGAAUGAAGACCAGGAUGUACAGAAGCAGGAGACUGCUGGUACAGACAACCAACUACCAGAACUAAAUAGAGAGCAAAUCCUCCUUCAGAACUUCCCUAAACAUGAAGAUCAUCAGGAAAUAAAGUUUCAUGAAGCCUCAGGAUCCAGCAGAGAUGAUCAGCAACAGAAGACAGCUCAGCCGGCCAGAGGACAGAGGGAGGAAGUAGAGGAAGGCAUGGAGGGCAGGGAAAUUCACAAAAGUAAAACAUGCAAACAAUGUAAAGUGUGUGGGAAAAGUUUCAAAUGGAAUUGGUAUUUAACAACUCGCAUGAGAAGUCACACAGGUGAGGAACCUUUCUCAUGUGUAACCUGUGGAAAAACGUUCAAGCAAAAAUGUAGUUUGAAUCAACACAUGGUAGUUCAUUCAGAAGAGACGCUGUUUUCACCAAAACCUUUUCUACAUGUUAUAAAUGAAAAAAGUGAUUUAACUGACCACAUGAGGAAUUACACAGGCGAAAAACACUUCUGUGGAAAAUCUUUCAGCCAAAGUCUUAAAUGGGUUGAACACAGAAGUAGUCACUUUGGUAAGAAACCUUUUCCAUGUAUGACAUGUGGGAAAGGUUUCAGUUACCAACAUAAUUUGACUGUACACAUGAGGACUCACACAAGUGAGAAGCCUUUCUCAUGUUUAACCUGUGGGAAACGUUUCCUUGAAAAGAGUCGGUUGAAUAGCCACAUGAGAGUUCACACAGAGAAGAAGCCAUUCCCUUGUCCAACCUGUGGAAAAGGUUUCAGUCAUAGUCUUAAAUGUAUUGGGCACUUAAGUAGUCACCCUGGUGAGAAGCCGUUUCUCUGUAUGACAUGUGGGAAAGGUUUCCGUCAUAAAAGCAGUUUGAUUCGUCACACAAGAACUCACACAGGUGAGAAGCCUUUCUCAUGUCUAACAUGCGGAAAAUUUUUCAGUCAGGAACAUAAUUUGAAAUGCCACAUGAGGAUUCACAUAGGUGAGAGACCUUUCUCAUGUGUAACAUGUGGAAAAGGUUUCAGUACAAAAAAUAUCUUGACUGGCCACAUGAGAACUCACACAGCUGAGAAGCCUUUCUCUUGUAUAACAUGUGGGAAGAGUUUCAGACACAAAAACCAUUUGAAUAGCCACAUUAGAACUCACACAGGAGGGAAACCUUUCACCUGUGGAACCUGUGGAAAAGAUUUUUAUGAAAAAAGUCACUUAACUGACCACAUGAGAAGGCACGACCUGAAGAAAAUGUUCCAUUGCAACACCUGUGGAAAAUCUUUCAGUGAAAGAGAUGAGCUGAUUGGACAUAUAGAAACACACACGUUUGAGAAACCUUUUCCAUGUAUGACAUGUGGAAAAAGCUUUGGUCGUAAAAGUAAUUUGAAUGGUCACAUAAAAUCUCACACAGAUUAGACUUUCUGAUGUAAAGCAGUGGAAAUAAUUCAGUUACAGAAGUAGUUUAAGUAACCAAGUCAGAAUUCACACAGAUUAGAAACAUUUCCCGUCUCAUCCUUGUUGUAAAUGAACUGCUGCAGCUGAAACGUUGCUCUGCGCACACUGCAGUAGCUAUUAUGUUAAAAAUAUAUAUUAAUCAUUGAAUAAGCCUCCAAUUAAAGACUAGUCAUGUUGCAGUCUUACUGCCUGCUCUGUUGGUUCUACAUACAUGUACAAUCUUGUGUUUGCAUCACUGUUAAUAUGUUUUUGUUUUUGUUUAUGACAUUAUCAUCAUAUGAUUCCUCAGUCAAUAUGUUGACACUUUUCAAUUCAGACCCGUCUGUUGGGCUUCAUUUCCACAAUAUUUCCUUCCUAUCCGCCUCAUUUUUAGUUCCACUUGUUCGCUCUGUCAGUCAAACGCGUUUCUACAUGAACCUGUUGACCGUGGGUCAUGGAAAAUUAUACUGAAGGUCAGGGAGAGUCAUGGAAUAGUCAUGGAAUUUUCUUUCUAAGUUCCAGUGGGACCCCUGUGUUAAUCUAACUAAAAUAGUUAAUUUCAUCUUGUACAGUUUUUUCACAGCCAGUAGAAGUUUGUAAACCAAACUCUGGCUGAAGUUAUUACUUUUUUUGCAUACAGUUAAUGGGAUCUUUGACAUCUAAUUAAUAGUUAAUAAUAGGCACAUAUGGGGCUACGUAUCUAGUUUGUUCAUUAAGAAGUUAGUUUUUAAACAUUUAAAAAUGAGUUAAAAGUACAUUUUUGACUUUGAAAAAUUAACACCCAUUUUUUUCUUUUAUGUAGACUAAAAACUCCAGUUACUGUACAUUUUUGACUGUGUGACUAGAAGUGGAUAUUUAUUGUGCCGUUGAUCAUUUACUGUGAUAAAACUCCAUAUUGUUCUCCUCUGUCCAACAUGUUGCUUUGUUUAUUGAUUUAUCAUUUGACACAGUAAAUCACAAGCUUUUAAUUGAAAUUCUGCACAGGAUUGGGCUCUAGCAUCAAGCUACCAUGUAGCUGAUUAUUUGUCAAACAGAACCCAGAGAGUUCAAUUCUCUGGUCUCACUUCUUCUACUCUCACUAUUUUAAAUGGCGUACCUCAAGGCUCAGUUCUGGGUCCGCUUUUAUUCUCUAUUUAUAUAAAUAACUUGUGUGACAAUCUGUCAAAUGCUUUUUACCAUUUUUAUGCUGACGAUUUAAUAAUAUACUGCUAUUCUGCAUCACUAUCGCAGGCAAUACAGUAUCUGCAGUCUGCUUUUAAUGUAGUUCAAACACGUUUAAAACUCUGAAGUUGGUUUUGAAUGUGGACAAGACAAAAGCAAUGAUUUUCUCACAUGCUAGAAAACUACCAGAAACUUCCCUAUUGCUGACCACUGCUGCUGGAGCACAAAUCGAGUUUGUCAGUAAUUAUAAAUAUCUUGGUUUUAUUCUAGAUAAUGAACUCUCUUUUAAAAAUCACAUAGCAAAUCUACUAGGGACAUUGAAAAUGAAAAUUGGGUUUUAUUAUCGAAAUGGAUCUUGUUUUACACUCAAAGCUAGAAGAAAACUGGUAGCAGCAACAUUCCUGCCACUUUUGGAUUAUGGAGACAUUUUAUAUAUGAAUGCUUCGACCAAAUGUCAUCAAUCAUUACAUACUGUGUAUCAUUGAGCUUUAAGGUUUAUAACCGGUAGUAGACGUCUGACACAUCAUUGUGAUUUGUAGGCAAAAGCUGAUUGGCUCCUUUAAGUGAACGGAGAAACAAUCAUUUAAUGAUCCUGAUGUAUAAAUCUUUACUCGGUCCAACCCCAGCAUAUUUAUCCACUCUCCUACAUAGAACUGUCGGUUCUCUUCGCUCCAAUAACUUUAUUGUUCUGCAUGUCCCACGUUUUGAACUGAAACAGUGAAACAGGCAUUCAGUGUUUUACCCCACAGCCUGGAAUCAGCUGCAGUCUGAACUUAAGAUGUCGGAAAUGAUUUGACUGGACUUAUUUCGAUCAGUUCUUAAAGAUAGGCAACAAGA